GGUAGAGAAUGUAAAUAAUUGUUUCUACUCUUGUCUAAACCUUAUUCGGGAAUGAAAAAUCCAGGUUCAUAAAUUGCCUGGAUUUGCCAAUUACCCUGAUUCAGGAGGUAUAACUAAUUGGUUAAAUCAUCUGGCUGGAGUUCAUGGGUGGUAAAUUCCUUCCUGUAAAUGUAAGGCUUCCUUUGUAUUUGAAACACUAGUGCGUGUAUAUACGUAGUUUACGGUACCUACGUCCACUUGUUUAGGGUAGUUGCCAGGGAAACCCCUCAGUCUGCGCUGAACAUCUUAGAUCCUACUAUAAAAAGUAGGCUGUAUUGUUUGCUGUCUACAAUAAUCCAUGGACCCCUGCACGCAAUAGCCUGGCUAAUAAAUUUUACCCAGCGUCAUGUAUCAACUGAACUGUAGGGUAUGGAAAACUCCGCUCAGGACGUUGAAGGACUGAAAGCUUCCAGAGAAGCUUUAGAAUUUCUGGCCAGCAUUGAUUUGAAAGAACUUGAGCAUUGCCUGUUUGCGGACUCUUUAACGACUGUCUCAGACACUGGGAGAGAGCUGGGAGAGUUCACUAUCACUGUCCAAAAUGCAAACUAUGACAACCAGCCAUGCUACCAUGUGCAUGCGAACAGCCAUGGCUCCAUUGAUAACAUACCCUGUGGAACCUCAUUCACUGCUUACAUAUCUACGAAACUCGAGACCUUAGAGCAGAGCCACCAUGAAUAUGUUACGCUUCAAGACCAUCUUUUGGACAGAAAAUCUCAGAUGGUCAGACGUGGUGAUCAGCUGCUCUUGAAUAAAGUUGUGACUGAGAGAGAGGCUGUGAAAAGACAGACCUUCACAUUUCCAAUAAGUUAUCUUGAGGGCUUUGUGUCAGAGGCCUCCAAUCUUCUCAUCCUGCGAGUUCUUGCUCAGCGGAAGAGGAUUCCAGAAAACAUGGUGUUCCUCACGUUGGACCCUGAGACUAAGAUUACAGUCUCUACUUAUGAGGGACUGGGACAGAAACAGCAGAUGGUGGGACAGGAGUGCAUGGAGGUUUUUGGAAUCAAGAGGAUGGUGGAUUCCAUCGAGGGUGUUCCUGCAGUAUGGCACUGCUAUUUCCUCUCAGAUGGACAUCUAGCAAGCAGAGUACAAGUUGGAUCUCCAGUGACAAUGAGACUCAUCCAGCUGCCUGUUCAGAUGGGGGGAGAUGACAAGGAUAAGAAAGCUGAGUUUGAGAAGAAACCUUUAGUGUGGGAAGAAGACAUGCAGCUGUGCUCUAAAUUUCUGGACAGAAAGGAGGCACUGAAAGCUGAUUAUACCACAUACGUCAGACAGCAUCCAGAGCUGAAAGCUCUAAUGGCCGAUUUCCUCCAGUUCCUGCUGCUCGGGAAGCCUGACGAUGUCUUUUCCUUCGCCGCAGAAUACUUUGCUCCAUUUGCCUCACAGAGCAAUCCAGAAAGCACAUUAAAGUCCUGAUUUUAAAAGUUUACUUCAGACAUUAAAAACUGAGAUCUGUUUUACUUGAGAUUGUAUAAAUGUGUAAAUUGUGUUGUGCUUUCGUAUUGUUUUGAAUUUUAUGUUGUAGUCUCUGCUUGCUCCUCCCUUGACCAGGGCUCCCUUGUAAAAGAGAUAACCAUCUCAUUGGUACUCACCUGGUUAAAUAAAGGAGAAAUAAAAUGUGAAAAAUUAAAAACCAAGAAAUGAAAACAUCUAUGUGAAGAAAUUC